AUGGCAAGCAAAGGAACUGUCCUUGUCACCGGCGCCAACGGCUACAUCGCCGCGCGCACCGUGGAAGCGUUCCUCAAGGCCGGCUACUCUGUCCGGGGCACCGUGAGGUCGCUGGCCUCCGCCACCGAGGUCAAAGAAGCUCUUCCCGAGUAUGCAGACAAGCUCUCGUUUGUUGAGGUGCCCGAUAUCACCGUUCCUGGCGCCUUCGACGACGCCGCCAAAGGCGUCGACGCCGUCGCCCAUCUCGCGUCGCCCGUCUCCUUCGACUUCACCGACCCCGAACCGGUGAUCCGCAGCGCCGUCGACGGUACCCUCCGCGUGCUCGAGUCAGCGCUGAAGGAGCCACGGAUCAAGAACUUCGUCUUCAUGUCGUCUGUCGUCGCUAUGGUUCAGCAGCCCCUUGAAGGCCACACCCACACCGAAGCCGACUGGAACACGUGGGCGGAGGACGUAGUGGCCGAGCAGGGCAAGAACACGCCGGGCCGCAUCAUCUACAUUGCGAGCAAAGCCGCAGCCGAGAAGGUGCUGUGGAAGUUCCGGGAUGAGCACAAGCCGCACUUCACGGUGACCUCCAUCAACCCCAGCUUCGUCGCCGGCCCGCCGCUCGCAACGCCCUCCUCGGCCGACAAGAUCAGCAUGUCGAACCAGCAGAUCCCGGACGUGUACAACGGCAAGCCGCUCGACCAGGCCGGCGUGUCCGCGGGGGUGGACGCAUACGUCGACGUUCGCGACGUCGCGCGGCUCGUCGUGUUCGGCGUCGAGCACGCCAACAAGGCCGACGGCGAGCGCUUCCUGACCGCCGCGUACUUCUCCCCGGGCCAGGCCGUGGCCGAUAUCCUCCGGGACGCCUUUCCCGAGCGGGCCGGCAUCAUACAGAAGGGGAAUCCGGGGCAGGGGUACGAACCUGACUAUCGGUUUCCGAAGCAGCUGGUGUUUGACGGCACCAAGGCGGUCCGGUUCACUGGGCAGGAUUACAUCCCGUGGCGUCAGACUGUGCUGGAUACCGUGGAGAAGCUGAAGCCGGUGCUUGUGUGA